GUGCCGCGUUCUUCCCUCUCGCUGUGGCUGAAGAGGUCUGAGUCGCGCGAUGCUGGCGACGCUGGGGAGGCUCGCGGCUCUGCGGAGAACCGGCUUUCUCUCCAGCCGGGGUGGCUGGAGGGGGCUGUGGACCGGCCGCCCGCAGUCAGGUAUUAACAAUCUGAAGCCAUUGAAGGGUGUAAAAAUUCUGGAUCUAACAAGAGUACUGGCGGGACCUUUUGCUACUAUGAAUUUAGGAGAUCUUGGAGCAGAAGUUAUAAAAGUGGAAAGACCAGGAGCUGGUGAUGAUACCCGAACUUGGGGGCCACCCUUUGUGGGGACAGAAAGUACUUAUUUUCUCAGUGUUAAUCGAAAUAAAAAAAGCAUAGCGGUUAAUAUCAAGGAUCCCAAAGGGGUGAAAAUCAUCAAAGAGCUUGCCAUGGUUUGUGAUGUAUUUGUGGAAAACUAUGUACCUGGUAAACUGUCUGCAAUGGGCCUGGGAUAUGAAGAUAUAGACAUGAUUGCUCCUCACAUCAUCUAUUGUUCCAUCACAGGGUAUGGUCAAACAGGUCCACUGUCUCAGAGAGCUGGCUAUGAUGCGGUUGCUUCUGCAGUUUCUGGCCUGAUGCACAUUACUGGACCUGAGGAUGGUGAUCCAGUUCGUCCAGGAGUGGCCAUGACUGAUCUUGCAACUGGCUUGUAUGCAUAUGGAGCCAUUAUGGCUGGAUUAAUACAAAGAUAUAAGACUGGAAAAGGACUGUUCAUUGACUGUAACCUAUUGUCAUCUCAGGUGGCAUGUUUGACCCAUGUAGCUGCUAAUUAUCUUAUUGCCCAAAAGGAAGCAGAACGUUGGGGCACUGCUCAUGGCAGUAUUGUUCCUUAUCAGGCCUUUAAAACCAAGGAUGGUUAUCUUGUAGUUGGAGCUGGAAAUAACCAACAGUUUGCUACCGUGUGUAAGAUCUUGAACUUGCCUGAACUGAUCGAUAACCCCAAUUAUAAAAAUAAUCACCUUCGAGUACAGAAUAGAAAAGGGCUUAUUAAAAUACUUUCUUCAAGGUUUGAAAAGGAAAUGACCAGCAAGUGGUUAUGUCUCUUUGAAGGAAGUGGGGUACCUUAUGGUCCAAUCAACAGCAUGGAGACUGUAUUUGCGGAACCUCAGGUGUUACACAAUGGCCUCAUUAUGGAGAUGAAACAUCCGACUGUGGGGAAGAUAUCAGUCCCAGGCCCAGCUGUAAGAUACAGUAAAUUCAAGAUAUCAGAGGCCAGGCCGCCUCCCCUGCUUGGGCAGCACACGACGCACAUCCUGAAGGAAGUCCUCAGAUAUGACGACAGAGCCAUUGGGGAGCUGAUCAGCGCAGGCGUGGUGGCCCAGCAUGCAACUGAGUGACAAAGGAACAAUACUCUUUCUCAGAGUCAUAAUCUGGACAUUUUUUCUGAUCCCUUUUCCAAGUUCUGGUGUUUACACCUGGAAAGAACAAUUAGAGUAGCUAAGAUUUCCUUCCUGGUGUUUCCAGAAUGGCUCUGGAAUUAAUGAAACUAGUACUUUUAAAUGUCCCCUACCUUCUAUUCUCUACCAUUCCCAUCCUCCUUCCAAAUAAUAAAUUAAUUGUGGAUUUAUGGGAUUUUUCUUUUCCUGGAAAAAUACAUUCCUUAUUCUAAUUAUGUUAAUUGCUUAAAUAUUUGCCCCUCGCCUCCCCACAGGUCUGAAAAAGAGCAGAUCCUUGAUGAUCCUGCUUUCACAUAAAAUCCUCAUUUAAACUUUUGUUAGGAAGUCAAAGCAAUAAGCAAAAUGACAGUUUUGGUGAUUGAUUUUAAACAGAAUAACUUAAUUUUGAGCUCAUGAGCCCUUUGUUAAUCUGUAAUUUAAACCAUGGACUUUGCUGAUGUCCAUUAUAAAAUGGAUCUCCUUUUACAAUGGGAGUAAAUGUUUGUUUUAGGUUGUAUUUCUCUGAUUAUUUCAUGAUGUGUGGUGGAAAAUAAAUUUCCAUUAAUGCAUUUUGGGCUGUACAUAUACCUGCAUUAUGGUGAAAGGAGAGUUUAGUUGCUGCCUUAUUUUGAAAUAAAUGGAAAUACAUAAGAUUUAUAAAUGAAUGUCAAGUGAAUGCAUAUAUAAAUAAUGCUAAGUAGGAAAAUUUUCCUUGUAAUCUGAGUACCCACUAUAGAAGAAUAUGUCCCUUAGUAUACGUAUUUGUGUUUAAGAAUUCAUCAGUGAGUUUGGAGUACAGAAGAUAUGUGUAGAUUGUGGUAACUGAUUUAUACAUAAUUCAAGGAUGAACUGUCACUCAGACUGUCAAUCACUCAAGCCAGAUACAAACCAAGGGAUCAGAGGAUCACUUGGUCACAUGUUGAUAUGACCGCUGCUCAUGGCUGCUGGACACACAUGUUUUAAAGGCAUGUCACUCCUUAACUGCUAGUGAAAGUUAAAUUAUAGACGUUCAUCUUUCAAACU